AUGGCCAGUGCUGGUGUGGUUCGGUUCCUGCUGCUCGUCUGUCUCCUGCAGGGCUGUGCAGGGGACAUAGAAACACUGGAGAACCAAGGUUCAUCCAACCCGUUCAUCCACCUGGACAUCUCUGCUGAACUGAAGAGUCUGAGAACAUUGGUCCAUCACCAAGGAAACACAUUAGUGGAGCUGAAGACCUUGCUGAUGAAGAUGCAGGAAGAGAAUACAGCCCAAGCAGCAAAUCUUUCUGCUUUGAAGAUUAAACUGGCAGUCAGUGAGCGAGAGGUGGAGAACCUGAAGAAGGAGAACACAGCUCACAUAGCUGAUCUGUUCAGCCUCCAGGCCAGAAUAAACGCUGCUGAGAGCAUGACAGAGAACCUGAAGAAGACAGAUGCAGCCCUGGAUACGAGACUAACCACCAGUGAGACCAGCCUGGAGCAUCUGAAGAGGGAGAAUGCAGAGAGACCAAAGGUUGCUUUCUCCACUACUCUGCCUGGACCAGUAGGUGCGGUCGGCCCCUUUAAUGUUCAGACUAACCUGGUCUACACUAAGGUCUUCACUAAUGUUGGCAAUGCUUACAACUCAGCCACAGGAGUGUUCACAGCGCCGGUGAAGGGAGUCUACUAUUUCCGCUUUACAGCUCUCAGCUACCUGAACUCCAUUGCUAUGGCAAUUAAUUUUCACAAGAAUCAUGAAAUACUCAUGCAUGUUGGUGCUUUCAACACCGAUGGCCACCAUGAGUAUGUAUGUAAUGGCAUCACACUGCUGCUGGAGGUGGGAGAUGUAGUUUUCACAAGUCUCCCAAAGAACUACAAACUGAUGGACGAUGCCAACAAAUCCACCACGUUCAGUGGCUUCCUCCUCUACCCCAUGUGAGAUGCCAGCUGGGAUUCUCCGCCUUGGCUAGCUGGGCAGUGCCUUCCAGCCUACUGGCAGUGGGAAAUAGUGCUACUUGGACAUGAAGCUAAAUAGAUAUCAGAAUAUCAGAUAUGUGGUGUGGAUAUCAGAUAUAUGGUGUGGAUAUCAGAUAUAUGGUAUAAAUUUAUUUUAGCUUAUAAUUUUAUAAUUCCAUUUCAUUGUUUAAAACCCUUGAGAUGAUUUCAUUUAAUAUGUAGUGUCAUUUUUUUAUUGUAAUAAAAAAGAUGAUUUAUGAUGUCAUGAUUUAUGUCUGUUUAGUUCACUACAUCAGCUAUUUCAAAUAAUGAAAUGGAAUUAAAUUUGGGUGACUUGCCAAGCACUUGAAAUUUAAGACUUGACCAAGGACAGUGUGCGCACGCACGCACACACACUGACGGACAGUGGUGAAGUUACUGGACUAGUAGGUUGCCAGUUCAAGCCCCACCACUGCCAAGUUGUCGCUGUUGGGCCCCUGAGCAAGACCCUUAACCCUCAAUUACUCAAGUUGUACUCAAUGAUAAUUGUAAGUCACUUUAAAUCUGUAAAUAUACAUCUCAGUAUACACAUGUACAUCUCAGUGGUGUAAAGUGUUAAUCUGUGGUAUAAACAUUCAGUGGUGUAAAGUGUUAAUAUGUGGUAUAAUCAUUCAUCGGUGUAAAGUGUUAAUCUGUGGUAUAAACAUUCAGUGGUGUAAAGUGUUAAUAUGUGGUAUAAACAUUCAUUGGUGUAAAGUGUUAAUAUGUGGUAUAAUCAUUCAUCGGUGUAAAGUGUUAAUCUGUGGUAUAAACAUUAAUUGGUGUAAAGUGUUAAUCUGUGGUAUAAUAUUCAUCGGUGUAAAGUGUUAAUCUGUGGUAUAAACAUUCAUUGGUGUAAAGUGUUAAUCUGUGGUAUAAUCAUUCAUCGGUGUAAAGUAUUAAUCUGUGGUAUAAACAUUCAUUGAUGUAAAGUGUUAAUCUGUGAUGAGGGCUCUACAAGACCAG